AUGAUUGGUACUAAUUUUAGAGCGAUCGAUGAAAACAAAGAAUCCCUCGCCACGUUCCUGAUACGGUCCGGUUGCGACGUCGAGAGUCCCCGGCGGGCGGGACCGGGCGGUGCGGGCGCGGACGUCGUCGGCGACGCUCACACUCCGCUGCAUUUGUGUUGCACUUGGGGUCUGACUGAAGUCAUACAAACACUACUGGAGCAUGGAGCCAAUAUAAAUUCAAAGGAUUCCGAGGGCAAGACUCCUUUACAUAUAGCCAUAGAGAAUCAGCACUCUGCAAUAAUAUCGCUACUCCUAUCACAACCCGGCAUAGAUCUCUCUGCCAGAGACAAUAAAGGUGUGUCCCCAUUCGCCGCUGCACUCAUUGCAAGAAAUAAUAAGGCGGCGCAAGCGAUAUUGGAAAAGAAUCCUUCGGCUGCGGAACAGGUGGACAAAAAAGGUCGCAACUUCCUUCAUGUCGCUAUACAGAAGUGUGAUAUGGAGAGUGUUAUGUUCCUCUUGUCCGUUGAAGUGGACGUGAAUUCGCGAGUCCAGGACGCGACACUAGCGCCACCAUUACACCUGGCGGCCAACGCGGGAAACGAAGUAUUGUUGAGAAGUCUACUCCUUGCCGGCGCUAGGCCUAAUGACAGAGAUGCUCACAAACGUACAGCGUUACACGUGGCAGCCGGUGCCGGUCACGCGGCAAUAGUAAGCGCGCUAGCGAGCGGCGGCGCCGAGUGCGGCGCUGUGGACGCGGGCGGGGACACCGCGCUGCACGUGGCCGCGCGCGAGGGGCACGCGCAGGCCGCCCGCACGCUACUCGCCGAGACCGACAUUGACGCCGCCGCUACCAACCUCAAAGGUAAAGUAUGGCCGCCCGCACGCUACUCGCCGAGACCGACAUUGACGCCGCCGCUACCAACCUCAAAGGUAAAGUAUGGCCGCCCGCACGCUACUCGCCGAGACCGACAUUGA